UUUACGGAGGUGCAUCGGAGGACCCUAUUUUCCCCUAUUCCAUGUAAAUCUAUCUAUGGCAGAGGCAGGCGGUAAAGGGAGGAGACCUGUCCAAAAUGGCAACCGCUACGGAUGAAUUGAUUCUACUGGAAAGGGUUUUUCUAUGUUUGGGGAGUACCGACACAGAUGAGCAGCUACAGACAUCAGUAUGCAAGUUUUUACCACCGGUUCUAUUAAAACUUUCGAGUCCUCAAGAAGGAGUGAGGAAGAAAGUUAUGGGUCUUUUGAUACACAUUAAUCGAAGAGUAAAAAGUCGUCCCAAAGUUCAACUUCCAGUCGAGGCCCUUUUGCUCCAGUACCAAGAUCCGACUGCCAGCUCAUUCGUUGUAAACUUCACCAUAAUAUAUAUCAAAAUGGGUUUUCCUCGGAUGGAAAUGAAAAAGCAGGCAGAACUUAUUCCCACUCUUAUUAACGCAAUCGAUGGGAAGCCUCUCUCCCAUCAAGACAGUCUGCUGCUGGUAAUAAUGCCAGCACUGGGAUAUAUUCAAAUACCAUCGGAUCCAGAGAAAAGAGCAGCUUUAAUAGGCUUGCCUGAGAAACUUCAAGUGGCGAGACACCUUUUAAAUUUUCUACUGGAUAUGCUGCUUUUACCCUAUGGGUCUGUCAGUCAAACGGACAAUCAAGAGCUCGGUCAAACAGUCGAAUUUCCGGUGCCUCCAGGACUCAGCGAAUACGGCUUCAAAAGAGUUAUUGGUGAAACUCCACCCACCCCUGAACAGCUUGAGCAAAUCAAAUUGGGAAUUGUUAAAUUUAUUGGUAGUGGAGUUUUUCCAGACAUGGAUGUUCUCAUACAUUUGAUUGUCGCAGCAUCAGACACAAGAUUCAGUGUUGCGAAUGCAGCUGAUCAACAUUUGAAGAAAAUUGUCAGUGGAUUGGAUUGGGGAUCAAAGCAACUAGCCAUGCCACUUUACACACUGUUUCUUGGAACUGGAGCACUGGGCACGCAGAAAAACGUUAAGGCAGAUAUGAAACGAGUUCCAGCGAAUACGAGAAUACGACUGAAGUUGAUGUAUUAUCUUUGCCGUGUAUCUAAAGCCGGAUUCAUCAUACCAACCUGUAUUCACGUUGUCUUCGAGUCGUUAUACGGAAAUAACUCAAACCGUAAAUUGAAGUCACUGGCUCUUGACUUUACUUUAAAUAUGGUCCAAGGAUGUAGCCUUGCACCAUUAGUUCGUGUAGCUGGAGUGCUUCUUGAAGGAAUGAUGAAAUUGAUAUCUGAGGAUGAACGAGAACACGAGGCAAUGGCGUAUACGAUAAUUGGUAAAAUGGGCCAGAGAAUUCCGAGUCUUGUCAACAAAGAUUUGAGCCUCUUGCAACGAUUUUUCGAAGCUCUUGUGACGAGCGAGCCGGAAUUAAGAAGAAACGUAAGGGAUGCUCUUAUUUCCAUGUCUUCAGCAUUCGCUUUCAGUGGCGAGGAUGGGAACAGUAUUGAAAUGAUGAAUACUUUGUUAGCUGCACAUAUCAAAUCACCUGAGCCUAGUGUUAGAUCAGUUGCUCUACACUAUGCGGCUACCGUGUUCCCAUCAGAUCAUGUUCAAUCUCGAUAUCUUUUGCUGUUGGCAUCGGGCGACGAGAAGAACGAAAUAGCCGCCGAAGCGAUGAAAGCUUUGUACGGCACUACGAAUGUUAUUGAGCGCGAUCAUUCCGACGCACAGUUAUUACAACUUCCCGCAUUUCCUCAGAUUGUUUCAUACAUUAGUAAGGAAAUGAAGACGAGAAUGGAGAAGCUGCCAACCGAAAACAUUACGGUGGGAAGUACUUCACUUCCUUACAACAUCACCAUUUUCAAAGAGAUCAUCACCUAUCUUCGCCUCUGCCUUGCGAGAAACGCCCAAGUUCCUUCGUUCUCGAGACCAAUCGAACAUCCUUGCGAAAAUUCUCCGAUUAUUGGCCGAUAUUUGGAUAACUUAUACAAGGAGGAACCUCGGAUUUUGAACGACUAUAUGGAUAUAAUAAUGCCCUGCAAUCGUGCUGUAGCAGAGCCGGUGUUCUUAAAUGCGCUCCUAGAAAUCGUGGGAACAAUUUCAAAUUGUAUAACUGAGCGUUACGUCCAAGAAUUACCUUGGUUAAGAACUUUAUUGACUUCGACAAAAGCCGAUGUAAGAAAUUUAGCGGCCCAAAUUCAUGCCAUAAUCAUCGCUAAUUGCUCUACUGAUGCGGAAGAAUUGGAAACGAGAGCGACAGAAUUUUUAAAUGCUUCAAAAAAUCGGAUUCUGGAAAAUCAACACGGCUCGUUGAUUGCUCUUACUUGGAUGCUUGAGAGAACGUUGAUGAAUCGAAGAGAAACCAUCGGCAAGCAACUUAUUCUCGAAUGGCCGGUGUACAACAACACGGUCAAAAAAUUAUGGUCUUUCUUCGAGAGUACUACAGAGCUAUUAUUGGGAGCAGCUGUUCAAGGCAUCGGCAUGUUAGGCAAAACCUUUGCCCUUCCGAUACCUAAUGAAGGAAAUGAACAUCCUAACAAGAAAAUUAUCGUUGAAACAUUAUUCUCUAUUCUUAAUAAUGUUAAAAUGAGUCAGAAGAUCAAAGAAACGGCGAUCUACUCAUUAGGGCAACUUUGCAUCGGUGAAAAUUUUCCUUAUACAAAAAUGAUCACCGAAAAAUUGAUCCAACUAGCGAACGAGACAAAAGAUAUUUCAAUCCAUCUGUCAACGGCCGAAUCUCUUGUAUUGUGCGUACAAGGUCCAGCUUCGCCAGAAGCUCGGAACAUCUGGAAAUCUCUUUCGUGCGAAUACAACAUUUCUUAUACUCAAGAAAGUGAUGAUUUAUUGGCUUUUGUGACUGACGAACUGUUGAAACUUUCUCGUAUUCCGCACCCAAAUUCGAGACAGGCCGUUUCGAUCUGGUUGCUUGCGAUCGUAAAGCACAAUUAUAAACGACAACACAUAGCAACCCGAUUGCGACCGAUCCAAGAUGCAUUUAUGGAUUUAUUGUCAGAGAAUAACGAAGUAGUACAAGAUAUUGCGUCGAAGGGUCUGGGUUUGGUAUAUGACAGCAGCGAAGCAAACGGUCGCAACGAUCUUUUGUCAACCUUGAUGGGUCAAUUAGUACAGGGCAAACGCACGGUUACACAAGUUACUCCGGACACUAAAGUGUUUGAGGAAGGUCAAUUGGGUACUAGUCCUACGGGUGGCAACAUUUCAACGUAUCGAGAAAUUUGUUCCUUAGCAUCUGAUUUGAACAAACCCGAGCUCGUGUAUCGCUUCAUGCAUUUGGCAAAUCACAACACUGUUUGGACUUCGAAGAAAGGAGCGGCCCUAGGUUUUACAGCAAUUGCGAAUUUAGCGGGUGAUGAUUUAGCGAAAAAUUUGCCUUACAUUGUCCCGAAAUUAUACAGAUAUCAGUUCGAUCCUACACCAAAAACUCAACAGAGUAUGUCAAGGAUCUGGCACAAAAUUGUUCCCUCGACCCAAAAAGUUUUGGAACAAUACCAUGAGGAGAUUUUAAACGAUCUUGAAGUUAAUCUAACAAACAAUGAAUGGCGAGUUCGAAGCAGCUGUUGUCUCGCUCUUGCCGACCUAUUGAAAUCUAGUGCUGCGUUAGAUUUGGCCAAUCGAUCACCACAACUUUGGAAACAAUUGUUUCGUGUUAUGGACGAUGUUCACGAGGAAACAAGAAUUCGAGCUACGGCAACCACGAAGAUUCUUAGCAAAGUAUGUGUACGCAAUUGCGAUCCUUCAUACGGGAAAUCAGGGGAGCUUGUGCUUCAAGCAAUUCUUCCGAUACUUUUGGACAUUGGUAUAACUCACAACGUUGCGACGGUGAGAGCGAUUUCACUACAAACUGUUCAACAACUCGUAACUACUGCCGGAAGUAUGCUCAAACCUUACCUCGUCGUUCUCAUUCCCGCCUUGUUAACGGCCACCGAUCUUGAAAGUCCGAAACUCAAUUUUUUGAGCAAUCAUGAGACUGAACCUAUGAUGCAAGAAGUUAUCGAUAGUGUUCGAACGAGCGCUGUCAAAAGUCAUCAUGCUACCGAAACAUUAACCAAGUGCACAGUAUACGUCGACAAUUCAGUUCUCAAAGGUCUUAUGCCAAAAGUAAUUGAAUUAAUAAAGUCUAGCAUAAGCUUGGGAACAAAAGUCGCAAUUUCACUAUUUUUAGUCCUCCUAUGCAGCCAAGUAAGGCAAGAGUUGCAGCCUUAUGCGGAUAAAAUUUUACCGGCUCUCAUAAAUGGUCUCAUGGAUCGGAAUGCUGCGGUUAGGAAAACCAAUGCUAUCACAAUUGGACAUGUUAUCGGUUGUGCGAAACAAUCAAGUCGUGACAAAUUGUUCGAGAAGUUAAACGCGUGGUACAUGGAAAGAGAAGAUGACUCGAUAAGACUCGCAAUAGGACAAACUCUUCAAUCAAUAAACAAUCACAACAAUGAUAUUAUUAAACAACACUCGGAAACUGUGAUUCCUCUAACGUUUUAUGCGAUGCAUGCCAAAAAAGUAGCGGAGAACGAAAACAUGAUUGAAUUGUGGACAGAACUAUGGGGUGAAAUUGCACACGGCACCGAAUACGCGAUUCAAAAACAUUUGACUCGAAUUACAAACAUUCUGAAGAGUGCUUUAGAAUCUCCUUCAUGGUCAUCGAGAGCACAAGCAGCAAAUGCGGUUUCUACUGUUGCUUUGAGACUCGGAUCUUCCAUGGACGAUGAAGCUCGAAGAAUGUUGUUGAUCAUUUUGAAGGAUGCCCUCCAAGGACGAACCUGGAACGGAAAAGAACAUGUUGUACAAGCAUUAGCGACAUUAGCGUGCAACAGCAAAGCUAUGAUAACGGAAGUCUCGAACGUGCAUAUCUUCAAUGGACUCCUGGAAGCUUUAUAUAAAGAAUGUAAAAAAGAAAAUGUUGAAUACAGACGAUACGCCAUUAAGGGAUACGCAGAUGUUUUACACGCCCUAGAGAUCGAUCAAUUCACGGAGAUAUACGGCAUUAUGCAAGAAAUACUUACCACAUUGUCCAGGAAGAAUGAUGAUAGCGACGAUGAUGACGUACGAAGUCCAACAAGUAUGAGCACGAAACAAAAAGAAGACAAAUUGAAAUUACAAGAAACUAUUUACGAAGCCCUCGGUAAAGCCUGGCCUUCAUCGAGUGAAAGUAAAGAAACACAAGACAAAUACUGCGUACAAUUUGUUACUCACUGUAGCGAGAAACUGCGAAAUGUAACGCGACCAAUACAGGUAGCAAUUUUAGUGACGCUCAACUUAUUCGUCGAUAAACUCCUACUGUUGAAGAAAAAAGUUGAUGAAAUGAACGAUCAGGAUCGAUUGCUUUUAAGGACUACUUAUCAUACUCUUAUCCAAAUAUUGGAAUAUUCAAUAGGUAUAUCGAAAUACACAAGAAUCAGGAAAGAAGCAUUGAACAUCAUUGUAUCAUUAUCAAAAAAAUUCUUAGAAACGGAAAAUACGGAACAACUUGAAGAUCUCAAAAUAUUUUUCGAUAAAAUCUUGCCCGAGCUGUCGCAGGAUCAUCAACCAGAAAUUCGAACCAGAGUCGUCGAUAUCAAGGAAACACUUAAAAUUUAAUCUUACAGCAAUUGUACGCAAAUUUGUAUACUUAUACGAGGGACAUACAUAUAAACAUGGUUCCACCGUAACCGCGGUAUCAGGUUUUAUUGGAGUGAACUAUUGACUUAUUUUCUAAUUUUCACUCGUAUAAUGUAGUGUACACUUGCUAUUUUUUUGUGUUUUCUUUAUUUGGCCGUUGAGUUAAAAAUGUUGUGCCUAAUGAAUUGUGUAAUAGAAAAAUAAAAAGGUUCUGUAGAAUAUUUA